ACUUAUGGCGGGAAACACAACAACACGACCCACAGAAGACAGCGACUAGUUUAUACCUUGAAGGAGUCAGUUGAUGCUAUGAGUCUGUUGACUCACUUAUGCAGCCAGGAUGACGACAUAGAACUCUUCAAUCGGAUGGGUUCAUUCGCGAUGUCUGACCCAACUGCGGAGAUAGCUGAGCCUGAAGAGGUUCAAAUCCCUUUCAACAAAAAGCACCUUCCUGCAGUACUGACCUUACCCAAUAGGGGGCCUCCCAGGUACGGAGUGAUCCUGACUCAUGGAGCUGGAGGAGACAUGGACCAUGCCCACCUGCAGGGCUUGACUCAGGUGUUAGCACGUCACGGUUACCUGUGCCUCCGGUUCACCUGUAAAGCACUUAACAUCAGCUACAGGAUCAGGGCCUUUACUACAGUACUGGACUAUCUACGGAAGGAGAUUGCUCCUACAUUACAGGGUUGCUUUGUUGGAGGUCGUUCCAUGGGUUCCAGGGCUGCUGCAGGUGUGGCGCUCGCUGACACCUCCGGGUUUGUGACGGGGGUGAUCUGCCUGUCGUACCCCCUCCACCCUCCAGGACAGCCUGACAAGCUUCGCACAGACAUCUUCAGACUCAGGCUGCCAACCUUGUUCAUCAGUGGUACCAAAGAUCCCAUGUGCCCAGAAGGCUCCUUCAGAGAACAUGUCUGCCCCAUGGGAGAGGCAGCGAAGGUGCACUGGGUGGAGGGAGGAGACCACGGCAUCAACAUUCCCGGUCGUACAGCAGACAAGGUCUGUGAGGAUAUCUGGUCAGCUGUCACAUCGUGGUGCAACACCAUCUGUGACAGAACAGUCAGGCACGCCGGCCGCCAGAGAGAGAAGGGAGGAUGUAAAAGGGCAUCCGAGACAAAGAAGACAGGAGAGGGGAGCAAGGCCAGGAAGAGGAGACAGUAGAUUACAAAAGGUUUUGUUAAAAACUGCUUCUUGAUGUUGUGUAACAGUAUCUUACAUUGAGAAGAUUAAGACAAGACAAAGGAACACAAAGUAUUCCAACAUUUCUGUAAUUCAUAUCCGUGUUUUACUGUAUUAGAAAUAAUCAGGAUUAGAGAUUACCAGGAAAAGAAGCAGUUCCUUAAAAGUGAAAUAUUUACUCGGUGACGUAACAGUAUGGGAGCCUUGGUAAAAAAAAUAUCACCAUAAUAAAUAAAAUUAAAAAAAAAA